AUGCCUCCGCGGAAGAAAGUUGUUCGGAAGGGACACUCGAAGAGAAUAAAACGCUUCGAAGAAGAGUUCGAUGACUAUGGUCUCGAUCCGAACGCUACCAUCACCGUUGAAGAGCUCCUGAACGAAAGGAGGCAUCUGAUGGCGGCGACGUUUACAGCAUGCUUCACUCUCUUUUUCUGGAUCAUUGCAAUCGGAUCCUCAUAUUGGGUGACAAUCGAUGGCGGUCCCGACGGCAUCUACAUGAAUCACACGAAGGUGACAUAUUUUCAUGGUCAUAUGGGCUUGUUCCGGAUGUGUCGGUCGGUGUUGCGGCAUGCUUGGAUCGAUGGGAAACCUUCGGAAGAGGGCGUAAAAGAAGAAUGCCGAUAUUUCUACGUGAGUCCAAACAAGGUAGACUACACCACCGACUCGAUGUUGGAUCGGACUAUUCUAGAGUACACUCGCUCCCAAAUCGGAUUUUGCUGCGUCAGUAUACUUCUCAUACUCAUGGCGAUCGCAUUUUCAAUGUACACUUUCACCCAACCUCGAUACAUGUUCAAGAGAUUAGCUGGCGGAGUGCACUUCAUCACAGCUGGAGUUAUGUUGGUCAUGAUUGAGAUCGCGUCCAACACCGCUCAUUAUGAACGGGAGCAUUUCCACAUGCGACAUCCAAUGCACGCCUCGUGGUCCUCAGGCAUUUCGUAUUUUCUGGCGUGGAUGUGUUUGCUCACGUUUGCGGGGGUGGGAACGAUGUUCAUGGUGUAUUCGAGAAAGCGGAAGCUCGAUAUUGCAGCUGAUCGAGACUUUUCUCUGAGCUAG